UUUCUUUUAAAUGCUUUAUUAAUCUUUCUUUGACAGAAGCAAUACAUUUAAGUAGAUGUUUCAGGAAAGAUGCAAACCGACAAGUGACAUGGUGAACGGCAAUAGCGAUGUUAAAGAGCACGUUGCGAAUGUUGACCACGAGGAAGACAAUGGCAACGGCGGUAACAAUGAUGAUGAAGAUGACGAUAAUGACAAAGAUGAGAACGACGACGACGAUGACGACGGCGAUGACAACGGCGACGGCGGCGACGACGACGACGACGACGACGACGACGACGAUGACGAUGACGACUCCGACGGUGGUGGCGAUAGCGAUAGCAACCACGAUGAUGACUUCGACGGCGACUCCGACGGCGACGACUCCGACGUCGACGACAUAAGCUUCAUUGAAACUUCAAGCAUUUAGAAACAGCUGGAUCACCGUAUCUUAGUCGCUGCUGCUGGUACCAAGGCGACUGUCACCGUCGUCGUCGUCGUCGCAAUCUGGAUAUAUCUCGCGGUUAUAUAUAUUUUAAGGACGUACACUCGACGUGUCCUCGAGGAGCAUAAAGAUGUACGUCGGACCCGUUUGUCGAUCCAAGUCACAUUCAACCGGGUCGCGACAGUGCGAAGGUCGCCCGCGAAGACAUUUCAUUCACCACCCAGGGGAAGCGCGCCGAUUGUCCGGAGAACGAAUCGGGUGUCCUUAAUCGCGUGCGCGCGCGCAGGACUCACCACGCGAGGUAGACGACGAAAAUUGCUCCGAUCUCUGCGGUUUAGAGCCGCGAAAACUCGCGCGCGUUCUCGCUCUCAGCCGCUCGCUCGCUCGUCGGUGCUCGUCCAAAUUGGCUGCUCCCUCCGAAUCAGUAUCAACAGCAGCAUCCUCCCGUGAGUUCUGUGCUGUCGCGCGCCGAAGACAAGCACUGUCACCGAACACCGAGCGCACGCACCGUGCCGUCCGCACCGUCAACACCAGGAGGCGCUCUACGGAGGCGCGCGCUUGCCUCUUGCGCUCGAAUUCGUAUCGCGGCUCCUUGAUCUCCUACGAUUCGUUAUCUCUUUGAAGAUUAUACAAUAUUUAUUAUGUAUAUAGAUAAAGAAAAAACGAAUUCUCUUAUUGUUAAUUUAUCACUUUCAAAUGACAUUAUCGCGCAAUUGCAUAGAUAAGAAAGGAAAUUUUUUUCAAUCGAACUUUAUUACAAAUGAAACCGCUGAUUCAUCGACCCUGAAUCGUGCGAUUAUAGAUUAUAUACUAUAAUUUACAGAAACUUUCUUAACUCGGCUUUAAUUAAAUGAUGACAUCGUAUAAUUUGAAUCGAAAGAUUCUUCAUCUAUUUUUGGAUUGAAUGUAAUCUUAUUUCUAACGCAAUUAUAGGAAAUUUUCUCUAAAUAUAUCACUCUCGCGAGAAGAAAAAUCAUUUUCUUCAUUUUUUCUUUUCAGUCUCAUAUUUUUUUAGCUUUGGAAAAUACGCGGAUAUUGUGUUGCAGUAUCACUUUCCCGCGUGGAAAGUGACUGCUUCAAUCGGUGGAAAAUGGGUAUAAACAUCCUACCUAGAAAAAAUAUAGAAAGGGAGAGAGAGAGAGAGAGAGAGAGAAAGACAAAUCAAGCGUAAACGAGGGCGCGAACAGCGUCGAGAGUUAACGGCACUAAAGGGUUGCGCAACCCCUUCUCGAUAUUAUCUCACAAUAUUGCCAGCGCAUUAUUACACACGGCGAUUGAUUUGCGGUUCUCUCUGUUCCGCAAAUUCCGAGAUUCCGCCGCGUAGCAUCGAUUUUGCAUUAGUUCCGAGUAAUUUGCGCGACGACGCAACAGCGACAACGAAAAUUAAAUAGGUUCUCGAUAGUCUGGUUCACCGCUCUCCAACGAGGGUGCUGGAUUUUUCGGGAAAAUACGAGAUAAAAAUCCGCGCGUGCAAACAUACAAGUAACACAUGCGUAUUACAUACAUACAUACAUAAUACAUACAUACAUACAUACAUACAUAUGCACACACACACACACACACACACACAAAACUUGUAUAGAUUGUGCAUUGAAUUUGAUCUAAAAAUAAACAGGCCCCCUUCCACAAUGAGGGAGUGUAGACUAAUCACCUUCACCGCGCCCAUUAAAUCGAUCCAAUCUCAUUUGACUGCCGUUAAAUUUAAAUCAACUUGACAUGACAAACACGUGAAAUAGAGCGGCGGCGACGAUGACGACGACAUCGCGUGUUCUCGUUUAUUCUUUCGUACCUACGAUAGCGUCUCUUAUCUCGCUUUCAGAAUUCAUUUAAAUGAGAUAGUCGAUAGGAAGAGCCGCGUGAUACAAGGCGAUCAAGAAAUCGGGUCGCAGUUCGUCUCUCCUGAAAAAUAUUCGUUUUAGACUAUUAUCGCAUUUGGAUUGAAAGAAUAACUUUUUGAUGCAAUAAAUCCUUUGAAAAGGAAUUUUUAUCCACAAAGAGUAUCUUUGCAAUAGAAUCACGCUUCCUCGAAGAUACUACAUAUGAAUUAAACAAUAAAAUGUGUAAUAUUAAAAUAUUACAAUUAUAUUGUUAUCAUUAUAAACACAAUCUUUGCUAUAACACAAAUUUCUGCUUACGUUUUUACGACUAGAAACUUACUCAUGUAAGUUAUAACAAACAGUAAUAUGAUGGAUACACUGGUAUAUUUGGUAUUUAUUUGAUAUUUAUAUAGUUCCUAUUUAUUUCAUAGACUUAGACUUAGCAUAACAAUUUAAGGCCUUCAAACCAGAGGAAAGAUCAAGUGUUAGAGAAUAGAUAAAAAUAAAAAAUAUUUAUUUUUAAGUUAUCUAUUUCUAGUCUGAAAUAAAUAAGAACCAUAAAUUAUAACAAUUAUAUUCAAGAGCAAUAUAUUCACCUAGAUAUUUAAACAAUGAUAAAAAAAGAAAAACUGCUAAACAAUAUCAUUAUUUGGAUAAUAUUGAAUUAUAUAGAGAAUGUGAUGUACCAUGCAUUAAAUAUGUAUACAAUGGAAUUAAAAUAUUCUUAUAUAGAUAUAACAUAAAAAAAAAAAAUAUAUAAAAAAUAAAAAAAAAUAUAAAAAAGAUUUAUAAUAACGCCUUAAUGUCUUUAUAAAUCUACUAUAGUGUCGUCGUUUCUAUUGAUGGGAUCUCCCUUGAGUAACGCCACAAUCAUGC